GUUUCCAAGUCCUGGUUUCGCCUCAGUCACGGGGUGGGGGAGUAGGGGGGGCUCCAGGAGAUAAAUCAGGUCUGGAGCCAGCGAGCCCGGGCUGCUUGGGCCAACUUUCACUUUCCGGCCGAGCGGGAGCUUUAUAAGGAGAGCCGGAGAGCGGGGCGCAAACCGCUCCUCCGCCUGCCGGGCCAGCAGACGCGCCGCGCCGCUACAGCCCCGCGAUGCUCUCCCUGUUCUCCGGCACAGAGAGCGAAAGGGAGAGGCUCGUGCGCGCCAGCCAGUCGCUGCUCGACUCCCUGCAAGGAUGCAUCUCGGCCACCCGCAUGCUGCUCCGCAUCCUCACCCAGCACCUUGACACCAGCGUGUCCCUGGAACCGGUGGGGGGCGACGUCGACGUGGGGGAGAACCUGGAGCACCUGCUGCGGGCAGCGCAGGAGAUGCACGCCACGGCGGAGCAGACGGACAGACACGUGCAGAAGAACACCAGCCGGGACCUGUACGCCCGCAUGGCCUCCCCCCACACCUCGCUGCAGGAGAAGGGGGCCAUCGUCCGGGACUUCCACCAGGCCACCCUGGGGAUCUUCGGCAGUGUGGGUGGCCCCGUGGUGGCCGUGCUGCUGCGGAACGCCGGCCUCCCCGAGCGGCUGGAGGCGGCUCUGCGGGAGGCGGAGGCCUCCCCGGUGCUGCGCCUGCCGAUGGACGCCCUGCGCCGGAGCAGUGAGGAGAUCGCCAGGGCUGUGUCUGCUUGUGUCGCCCCUGGGGGCCCAGCUGGGGAAACGGCUGCAGGGCCCCCCGAGAACGGCCCCUUCUCCGGGACUGGCGUGAUGCAGAGCCUGGGCGACUACCUGCCUGACGCCCUCACAGGGCGCCGGGCUAGGAAUGCCCUGGCAGCAGCCGCCGGGCACCUGGAAGAGGCGCUCCGGGCUCUAUCACCGGCCUGCAAGUCUUUCCAGUUGGCGGCUGCCGCAGCUGAGGUCUACAUGGCCCUGAUCACGGAGCAGCAGCCGGGAACGGGAGAGGGCCCGGGCCAGAAUCCUCCCGGCGUCGCCCAUUGACCUGUGCAGGCAAAGCCAUGACAGCGCCCCCCUCACCAUGGCACACGCACCGGCAGGCUCUGCCCUGGGCUCUGCGCUGGUUAACGAGCCCGGCACAGCCCAGCAUGUGGGGCUGGCAGCCGGGAACCACAGCAAAUAAAGGGACCUGAGCAAAACCGUG